CAGAAAGAAAAUGAAAUCCAUCUACAUGAUCAUCACAGCUAUGGCAUCAACAGCUCUGGCACAAGGCUCUAUUGAAUGUAAUUUCACUGAAGCUACUGGAACUCAGCAAUGUUAUGGAGCGGUGGGACAACUGCUGAUUUUUCACCUGCCAAACACUGCAGAUACAGAUCUCCAGUGUCAAAGCCAGCUGUUUCUCAGAUGUGUUCGUCAGAACAGAUCAACAUCAGCUGCUCCUCUGAGGGAGAUGGAGUGGAGUUCCGUCUGACUUUAGACGGAAACUUACUCAUGCAGACAAGAGACAACAGCCAGUUCCUGAACAGCAGUAGAGUUAACAUACAAUCUCUGACAGGGACUAGAACUACACAAGACAAACCCAGUCUUAAACAUGUUACCAUCAGCUUAAAGAGUCAGCUGACUGGAAGCUUAAUGUGUAUUGUUUGGAACAAUGUCAGCAGAGAAGAAACAGUUAUUCAAUUGAAAAUCUGCACAGUGCCCAGUCUGCAAGUUCUUAAAUUCAUGUUCCCUGCUGUGGCUGUGGCUGUCAUAGCAAGCUUUUUGGUUGUCCUCCUCGUGGCUCUGAGCUGUGGUUUUCUCAUUCUCCAUAACAUCCCGACACCCUCGGCUGUUAAUGAGGAAGUCACAGAGAACCCUGAAGAGGAAAUUGUCUACACACAUGUAAGAAUCGUACAAAACACAAUGACAACAUUUUAAAGGGAAAUAAUUUGUUGUUCAUAAGAGGCCUGUCUGAUUUUCUCUUUCUCAGAUUAUUGCUCUUAAAAAAGCAAAAGUGUUUUAAAUUAAAAAGUGAUUUCAUUCAAUCAAUUCACACCGUAUGUUAACUCUGCCAUAGGAUGUACUAUUUAUUAAAGACACAAAUUAUGCAAUAAGUCACUGUGCAUAAUGUUUAAGCUGACUACAGCAUUCUUAAAACUGUCAUAACCUCUGUUUAUGAUUAGCAAAAACAAGUAUGUGUCAGAUAAGCCUUGUCCAAAAUAUUUAACCACUUCCUGAGCUCCACCACAGAACACAAGAAGACCAGAAUUAUAAGCAGCCUACUGUCAGUAUAACUAUCAAUUGUAAGGUGAACUCACAAUGAAGCCUCGAGUCAUCAGUGUUUACUCUAGGAUGGAGCUGUAGCAGCGGAGGUGAAGUGGAACAAUAUUUUAAUUGCGUGCAAAUGAAUGAUUUACCUUUAUUGAACAAAAACUGAAACAGAUAGGCACAUCUGUCUAUUAUCAUGCUCGCAUUAGAGGUGUGAUUUCUGAGCAUUCUGUCACGCUCUCUCUCUCUCUCUCUCGCUCUCUUGUGCACGCAGCAAUUUUAUGAAUAAAUGAAAAAUUAAAUAAAAUGGUCGGAAAUAUACUCAGAUAUAUAUCCCUUACAUUUACACGUUUAACAAUUUGGUCAGUUUUUAACUAAUUUAAGUAAUUUUUUCAAAAAUAAAAAAGGAGAAAAAAAGCCCCUUACCUCUACUCUCCACCUGUCUCCUCUCCUUUCAUUUCCCCUUUCCUCUCUCUCAAAAAAAAGUCAGCAGCGGUGGUCAUAUUAUAUUCCAUAAAGCAAAUUAAUAUAACGUUAGUUUCUAAAGAGAUAAGAUGGAGCCCUGUCCCCUCUUCUCUCAUUUAAUUUACUUCCUCCUCUCAUAAAAAAAAAGCGUAGGUCAAAUUUCAGCAGUGGUGCACCUCCGCUAAUAGAUGCAUAUAGCGGAAACAGUGGUCAUAUGAAGAACACUCAUCGCAGCUAGAAAUAAAUCCUUCAGUUGCUGGUUUCUUUUAUAGAAUAAAGCUGCAGUAACUCUUAGUAGCAACAGUUUCUGUUGAUGUUAUUUUAGGCACAUGGUGAUGCACCUUGUGAUCAUUUUGGAGGCUGCAUAUGAGAGACGAUGUGCUUGCUUAAUUUUUGUCUCGACUUCACAAGAUUUACUUUGUGUGCAGUACUGUGAAUAUUUUUUGAAGAAUCAUAUGGUGUCCUUAAGUAAAGAAAACAAAGCACUGUUUUAGUAAUGGGUAUAAGAUUUAGCAAUGAGACUAGUCAUUAUUUGAGGGUCUGACCAUGUAGGGUCAAUAUGCUUUGUAAAGUAGCUGAUAGAUUCUAUACAGUGAUGGUUUGUAUAAUAAAUGUUUAUCUCUGUUCAUUUUAUUCUUCUGUUGAUUUCCUUUUGCCGAGCUUUCAAAAGUGUUGCUCACUCAUGACAUCUAGUGGAUCUAUUCUGUUCUUGCAGGUGCUUACUAAAUAUCUAAAGUCUUUCUUAAGUACACACAACAAGCAAUGUAGGAAUCUUUGUCGACCACAAGAUGGAGCCAACAGCCGUUGCUUCAGUAAAUGAUCAUGAAAAUAAAAUAAAUCUAUUUAACAUUUGUUGCACAA